CGAGGUUGAAGGCGAGCUGAGCUGAGCUGAGCCGAGCUCUAUGAAGUUUGCUGAGAAUUGAGAGCAAUGUUCAGGCUACGCAAGCAGAAGUCCGAUGACCAGCGAGAGCGAUUCGAUUUCCAGCUCUCCGACCUUCAGGCUCUUCAGGUACCAAAAGGACGGGACAAACUUUCUUUGUCCAUUAUCUCGUCGGACACAGGAAAAACCAUAAGAAGGUUGGAAAAAGCGCCAGUCUGGAAUGGAAAUUGUCAGUGGUCAGAGACCAUAUCAGAAUCAAUCUGGAUACCAAAGUGCGAUGGCCCAAAAGAUGUUGAAGGAUGCCUGUUUAAGUUUGUUGUCUCGAUGGGAUCAUCUAGAUCCGGUAUCCUUGGAGAGGCGUCAGUCAAUCUGGCAAACUAUAUUAGCUCAAAAGCUUCUGUUCCUGUUUCGUUACAGCUGAAGAAAUGCAAUCAAGGAACGAUUUUACAAAUGAAAAUACAUUGUUUAACUCCAAAGACGAGGGAUGACUGGAAAGAUUCAAAUUCAUUACUUGAUGAGGCAAGCAUUGACUAUGACGACGUGGAAAACAAAUCUGAUGUAUCUGACAGUAUUUUCCUCCGCAGUGCUGGAUCUUCGUCUAGUAAUUAUAUGGAUAGUCCAUCUCAUCCAGAAGAAUUUGGAAAAAAGGGAACGACGUUCUCACAAUCAGGUUCGCGUCAAAGCUUCGACUCUUUGGAGGAAUCAUUUGGCAGGAAAAAUUUGUCCCCCAGGAACCAUCUAAUUGGGGAUACUGACAGUUUUAUUGGACGACAGGAUUCAACUGGAUCAAAUACUGGCUCCGCUUAUGGCUCCAACUCCUGUGAUAUUCGUGCUAAAUCAAACAACUCCUCAUUCAAUUCAAAUGUCCGGAGAUCAGGACGUUCUUUGGAAAAGGAAAAUGGAGAGUUCCGUCGAUUUUCACAGCCCUCCAUGUCACCCUUGCGCAGUGGGGGUUCAUCCAAAGAGCUGCUUGAAGCUGUAGAAGUCACAGUAGAGGAACAUAGGGCAGAAGCUAGGAUGUGGGAGAAAAAUGCCCGAAAGCUGAUGGUUGACAUUGAAAAAGUGCGAAGGGAGUUAUUGAACCAGUCUGAGCACCAAGAAACUCUUAAGUUGGAACUUUCUGCAUCACAUAGAGAGUGCCACAGCCUAAAGCAGGAAAUAGAGCGGCAAAAAAUUCUACUAGAAGAUUUGAUGAUGAAACAAACAGCAAUGGACAGUUUGAAGUUACAAGAAAAAGCUGCGGACAAUUUCCAGAAAGAGCUGGAAGAAGAAAUGAAGUUCCAAAAGGAGACAAAUGCCGAUUUGGCUUUACAACUAAAGAAAACUCAAGAAUCCAAUAUUGAGCUUGUGUCCGUUCUUCAGGAAAUGGAAGAUACCAUAGAGAAACAGAAAAUGGAAAUUGCAGAUCUUUUAUCUGCAAAAUCAGAAGUCAAUUUAAGUGAAAAUGUUUCCACUGAGGAGAUAAAAUCGUAUGAUGCACACACACCUGAUACUGUGUUUGCACAACCCACUAGUGAUGUGUUUACACAUUUUCAUCUGGAUGACACCAAAAGUUUUAACCUCUGGCAACCAAGGUUUAUGGAGAAACAGAACUCGGAAAGUGCCAUGAAAUUUCUGCAACCGAUGUCGGAGAAGAAAGGAGGUAGCGAGAUUGACCAAGAUUGCAAGACCAAAACAAUGGUUGAAUGUGAGGCAGAAUGGAGAAAUAAAUCGACUCUGAAUGAGGUGGAGAUCGUGAGCAUAAAAGAAAUGUCACCUGAAGCACUCGAUUCUCAAGUCUUUGAGGAAGUCAAUUAUGAAGAUGCAAGUGAUACCAAUCUGAGAAAGGAAAUUCAAUCUUUAAAGUUGAAGGUGCAGGAGCUUGAGAAAGACUGCACUGAACUUACAGAUGAAAACCUGCAGCUAAUAUUUAAGCUCAAAGAUUUGCACCCUCAGAACAUGGCUGCUGCUUCAAAUAUCGUCCCAGAUGGCAGCAAAGGAAUUGAAAGUUGUCAGUUAGAAAUAACCAGACUGAAUUCAAUAGUAUCCAAGCUUCAGGAGGAACUAAAGGAGAAGGAAAUUCUCUUCGAAGAAUUAUCUUGUGACCAUAAGGGGUGCAUUUAUUUCCGGGAUAAAUGUGCUGACCUGGAGUUGCAGUUGCAGUCUCUCAAAGAUAAAGGUUCUCUUUUUUAUGUUGAACCAUGCAAAGCUUGCACAAGAGCAGAAGACAAGGAAAUUGAGAUUGCAGCAUUGCAUCAGCAGUUGGAGCAUUAUCAAGAACAGCUUCAGCUUUCAGCAAUCACUGCACAGCAGCUGCGGAAGCGAUAUGCUCUUUGUAUGCCUCAAAAUGUUGUAGGUAAUUAUGCUAUAGAUUAUCUAGACAUGCUACAGAGUACAUAUAGUAGUGACCCAAAAAAACAAGAUGAUGAUAUGCUGAACAAGCUUGCGCAUUUAAAAAAAUUAAUCGAAAUAAGAAUUGGAGUCUGCAAGGAUGAAGAGUCGGAAAAAGAAGACGCCAGGCCAAGAACCAUGAGUGGAGAUGGAGCCGGGGAAGACCUUCCUCUCUAUGACUUGAAAGAAGACACUGUCUUGACUCUUGAUGAGGAACUCAGAGCUCUUCACAUUGAACUGGAAUCGAGACUUAGAGAUUUGAGUGAGGAAAUGCUGGAAAACUUUUUUGAGAUGGACAAGUUGAAGGCGGACAACAUAGUCAAGACGGAAGAGGUCAAGAUUCUACAGCAUCUACAAAAGGAGUUGGAGACUCGGUUAUAUAAUUUUGAGCAGGCAAAUUCGAAGGUGGAUAGUAACAUGAAAGUUAUUGAAAGAGGUAGUGAUGGCGACUGCAGCUUUUGUCCUUCGCAUGAAGACAAGAUGGUUCAUGCUAGCAGCAUGGGUCCACAGGUUUCAGCUGACAAGGUUAUUGGAAAAUUGUCAGAGCUAGAGAGUGAAAAAAAUGAGCUUGAAAUUCAUUUAUCAGAACUAGAAGAAGAAAACAUACGGCUAUCUGAAAGGAUAUGUGGCCUGGAAGCUCAACUACAAUAUUUGACUGAUGAAAGGGAGUCAAACCGUUUGGCAAUACAGUUUUCUGAAUCUCAAUCAUCAAAUUUCCAGAGUGACGUGAAGAAAUUGGAAACUGAGAUGGAAGCACAGAAGGCUACUACAAAACAAAGGUUACAAGAAAUUCAUAAGCAGUUACUAGAAGCUCAAGAAGAGUGUAGGUAUCUAAAAGUUGCAAAUACGAAAGUGCAGGCUACUGCUGAAAAUCUUAUCGAGGAAUGCAGCUCGCUUCAGAAAUUAAACAGAGAGUUGAGAAAGCAGAACAUAGAGUUGCAUGAGCACAUUACAUUCUUGGAAGCAGAACUUAGCGAAUCCAACAACGCCUUUUCUCAUCUUUCAAAUGAAAUUGAAGUUUUAGAAGAAAAUUUUGAUUCCUUGCUGGAAGAAAGCGCCUUGAAAGAUAAAGCCCUAAAUUCUGAACUCAAUGCACUUCUUCUUGAAAACAGGAGACUGGAUAACAUUUUUAUUCAGGAAGCCAGAACAGACACUGUUAAGGAUUCUGAAGAGGAAACUGAACAUCCAGGAAGUAUAGUUAAUAACAUCCAGUUGGAUGAAGCAAAGGUACUAGGCCUUAUUGGGGAGCUAGCAUCUUCCAAGCAAAACCAGGAAGUUUUGAUGGCUGACCAUCAAAAGCUGGUAACUUUGCUUGAAGAUGUAAAAUCUAAUGAAAGCAAACUGAGAAAUGCUGCUAGAAGAUUCGAGAUGAAACUAAAAGCUUCUGAGUAUGAGAGAGUGCAGCUUGUGGAAGAGAUCUCCUGCCUUAAGGUUCAGCUACAGAAGAUAGAACUGCUUCAGAAUGAAGUUUUGGCUCUUAAGAGAACAAUCAGCGAGACCACGUUUGAAAAGGAAAGGCUGGAAACCUCACACCAUGUAUUACUGGCAGAUUUUGAAGAAAUGAAAGCGGAGAGAGAGUCAUUUGUCGAGAAGAUCUCAACUAUGCAGAAGGCUUUGUCCGAACUAGAAGAAUGCAAACAUGCUAAAGUUGCCCUUCAGGAAAGGAUCUUACGCCUUGAGGGAGAUUUAACUGCCAGAGAAGCUUUAUUUGCCCAAGAAGCUGAGCUGAAAAAUGAGGUUGCUCGGAUUAAGAGAUCUUAUAGCCAGCUCCAAAGGAGAAUGAAGUGCCUGGAAGAAGAGAAAGAAGAGUGCCAGAAGAGUGCUCGAGCGGUGCAGGAGCAGGCGAAACAUAUGAAGGAAGUAGGACCCGAUAGAUGCAAGCCUGGCAAUACAAGUGGUCUUCCUGUUAGCCACGUAGUGAAGCCACCACUGAAUUUCCAGAUGAGUGAAGUGCGACAAAAGCAGUCACCUGCAGAAGUUAUUCAAGGGCAAAGCUUUCCUGAUGAUCAAGGGCAUCUAGAAGUAGAUCAACUCCGCGAAGAGAAAAAUCAAAGGAGAAAGUACGCAGAUGAACUAGAUCUAUCAUUGAAGAUCUCAUUUCUUCAGAAUGAGCUGGCUGAGGUUUUAGAGGCCAACGAUAUGUAUAAAAUGCAGCUUAAGAGUUUGUUGUCCACGAAAGCAAACGAUCACUUGGAUAUGCCAAAAAUCACGACAGAAGAUGCAUUGCUGGAGAUACAACCGGGGCAGGACAAAUCAUCACUUGAGGAAGAGUUGAUACAUUUACGGGAGAGCUACCUGCACAUGAGCCUCAGAUAUGCAGAGGCAGAGGCUCAGCGCGAGGAGCUCGUGAUGAAACUCAAGGCAAGAAAUGCCGAAAUGAACUAAGCCAGGAACGUGCUUUUGGGUGAAGUUUGUCCUCUCUCUUGACCCAUUUGCUGCUAAUUUUGGAUCAAGUAUUCAUAGUCACCAGGUUAACACAAUUUCUUCACAUACAAGGAAACAAUUGAUGUAGCAUUUGUUCAGGAUAACAAAUAGAUACAUGUAUAGGAACAGUGCAUUAGUAAGGUAUAGAAGAGAUUACAGGAGAGUUCUAGAGACAGUUUCCUUCUGUUGUUAUAGUUUGAAGUCCCACAGUGACGGUGAUAUAUGUAAGUUGGCAAAUUGCAAUUCAAUUGUAGCAUAACGCAGACUUCAUUCUCCAAA